UUGCUUUGGUUACUUAACGAAAUGUGUUAAGCAUUGAUAAAGUAUAUAUCUAUCUAGCUAGCUACCUAGCUAACUAUCUAACUAUCUUAACCUUAAUAAAGUAGAUAUGUAUCUAUCUAUUUAUCUACAGUGUGGAUUGAAACCACAAUCUAUGCUAAGAGUGCAUUGUCUAUGAUUAAAAAUAAAUCUCAUGGUGAAUAUACUAAAGCAUGUACUGUUUAACACCGUUAAAUACCUCAUAUUUGCAGAGUAUGUAAGCUUAGGGUAGUCAAUAAAGUUUAUUUACACUACAAGUCAGCACCCUGCCGGUCGCUUGUGACGUGUGCGGGUACCAGUUGCCUCAGCAACGCGCACCCUGCAGCUGUUAGGGGCGGGAUGGUGCAACAGAUUGGCAUCUUUUUUGCGAAUAGUCUCUUCCUCUUCUGUCUGGGUGUCCUUAAUGAAGUUAUUCGCCAAUGAGGGGGCAGCUUAGGGUAAGGGUGUGUCUCUUAAGUUACCUUGCUUGGGAGGGUGCGGGUAGGCCUGCCACUGAAGCUGCAGCUCCAGGAAGGAUGCCGCAAGCAACUGAAUGAGCAAACACAGGCGUUACGUGCGCUUCAACGUUUCCACGGGCAAAACAGCACGAGAGUGAUAAUCCCUUUCAUUUGGAGUGUAGCCUACGCGCUCACACCCAGCCCAGCAACAUGGCCUCAGACACAGGUCCCAGAUCGGAAGGGGACGAGCUGCACAGGAGGGGCAAUCAGGUGACAGACGAGUCUCUGGAGAUCACCCGCAACAUGAAGCUGCUUCUGGAGGAGAGUAAAGAUGCUGGGAUAAAGACACUGGUCAUGUUGGACGAACAAGGAGAGCAACUGGAGCGCAUCGAGGAAGGUCUCGACCAGAUCAACAAGGACAUGCGCGAGGCUGAGAAGAACCUGACCGAUCUGGGCAAAUGCUGUGGCCUCUGUUCCUGUGAGAAACUGAAGGACUUUGAAGCCAGCGGGGCCUAUAAGAAGGUGUGGGGCAACAACCAGGAUGGGGUGGUGUCCAAUCAGCCGUCUUCGCGCGUCGUGGACGACCGGGACAGGAUGAUGAUGAGUGGGGGAUACAUACGGAGGGUGACUAACGAUGCUCGAGAGGAUGAGAUGGAGGAGAACCUGACUCAGGUGGGCAGUAUCCUUGGCAACCUGCGGAGCAUGGCUUUAGACAUGGGCAAUGAGAUCGACACCCAGAACGUCCAGAUUGAUCGCAUCCAGCAGGAGGCCAUUCUUAAUGAAUUACGCAUCACUGAAGCCAAUCAGAAGGCCCACAAGCUCAUAAAGAAGUGAUUACAUCAAGAAACUGAAACUGGUGUUUCUGUGAAUACACAGUUCUCUCAAUACUCUUUGUUAUGUGGGCAGACACACUCAUACCCCCUUACACGCCCCCGCCCCCCAUCACACACACACACACACACACACACACACAGAGAGAGAGCAGCGACACUCCAUUUAUUGUUGAUGAAAAGCUACCUGUUGGGAUAGCCCUCUUUGUGUUGUUUUUGUUGUCUAUGCAAUUCGGUGUACUUUUUCAUGUUUUGUUUAUAUUGUUUUUAUACUGUGCCUACUGAAGUAAUGAAUGUUACAGCCUAGCAGAAAACUCAGUUCAUCUACUACUGAUGAAUAUCGGCCUAAGUGAAGCUUUUCUGAAGUACAGUAAUGUACACGUGUAAACUGUCUUUUUGCUGCAUCCUCAGAUCUCCCACCUACUGGUGAGAAAGAGAACUAACUCAGCCAGGAUGACUUUCUUUGUUCAGCUCAAAAUGGAACCUCUUGGUUGUGUGCAUCAUGUUCUCUCUCCCCUGUGCUCACGCUCAGUUGAGGAGACCUGUCCCCGAAACUCUCACUACUAUAAGUCCAAUCAACAAAGUUACUCUUCUUAGCAGUAGACAAGACCAUGUGCAUCGAGUCGCCAUUCUCGUGCUGUCUGUGAGCUGAACUAACUACUAUGGAACACGACAGUGAGAUCAACACCAAACCGAGAGCUGAUUUGCUACCACCCCUAUUGACAAUCCUUAUCUACCUAUCUGUCCCCUCAUUCAUCUAGCCAUUCACUGCCUCAUAAAUGAGACGUAGUCACCCUUACUCACAUUGCACAGUUGAGGUUUUAAAGUUACGUCUACGCAAGGACACAAGGCUCCCCUUGCUUUGGCUAAGGCCAGAUAAUAUCUCGGUUCAGUUAGUGGUUGGUUGUGAAUGCAGUGAAUAUGGGUUGCGUGCAUAAGGCUUUGGCUCCCACGCCACUACAAGGUUAAUCAAUGAAGAUAUUGAUUAAGGUGAACAGCAUACUGUCUGUUUCACCUUUGUUUGAGGGGAAAAAAAGGAUUUGCACACGCCUUUAUGUUUUUGUCUUAACAUUGCAGUCUCCCAUGCACUCGCAUUAUUUAAAAAAAAAAAAAAAAGUUCUAGUUAGAUAUAAAUACGCUUAAUAGCUAUCUGUCAACGGUAAACACUCUCAGCUAAACAGGUAAACAGCUUUUGGAGUUGUGUUCCAUCGGAACUUCUCUCACAUCUUCCUCAUCGUGUGUGGUGAGUGGUUGCAUUGAUUUGGUUUUGCGUAAUUAAAUCUGGCCUAAAUGCACCCACAGGGUGUCAGUACCCAGUCUUAGGGUACAUUAAAUAUAUUUUUAAAUGGAUGGAUGUUUUCUGUAAUCUGAUUAUUUGCAAGUUUUUUUUUUUUUACUAUUUAUAUUUUUCUUUUCAUGUGCGAAUGUACCUUUAAUUUGCUUUGAUGUACCAAAUGUGUGUCUAAGUAAUCUUCUGUUGAAAAUCAGAGGGGUCACCCUCCAUUUGUUUUUUUCUUAAACAUCAACAAAAGUAAUAAAGUAAUUGCAUAACCUACA